AUGAUAACUAAAUUCAGCUGCCGUCAGCUCAGGAGUGAGGACGUGUCUCUCCCGAGCUUCCAGCAGUCAGGCAAGGCAAGGCUGGGCAAAGUGUUAGAUGAGGAAGUUUUGAAAGAGUUGAGUCAGGUGCAGCGGCAACGUGAUUUGGAAGCUUCCGACUUGACUGGGAGGAAACCACACCCAGAAGGUGAGGUCCAUGGAGGUAGGAAUAUCAGGUCACAGGUGCCAGAGGUGGAGGGACUACCGUGCACGCGGAGGCUCCUGUGCGAGCUGGAGACUGCAGCGCGGACCAGCGAUAUCUACCUGCCCAGGGCACCGAAGGAGCAUGAGGGACGAGACCCCAGCGAGGAGGAGGCGCCACAGGAAGUUGACCCCAUUACUGAGAUACAGAUCGAGGCAGUGCGUGCUCUGUACAGGGAGGACGACCCAACGGGAGAGCUGUCCGAACGGGGCCGUCGUGCCGUGAAGGUGGUGGAGGAGCUGACCGGCGCUGCGUGUGAGACAGCUUACCGCUUGUGUCCUGGCAGGGCCUAA